AUGAAGGCAUUCUUGAUCCUGUGCGUCGCCUCGGUGGCCUUGGCCAGGCCGGACAUCGGUCUGAAACUGCGCCAGCAGGCCCUCCUCCAGGCCCAGGCCCAGCACGGCCAGGUCGACAGCUACGGCCAGCCCCUGGGCACCCCGGCUCAGCAGUACGGCCCACCCGCCAAGGUCUACGGCCCACCCUCCAACGUCUACAUCCCGGCCCAGCAGCAACAAGUCCGCGAGAGCACCUACUACAGCGGCCCGAUCGCCAGCCAAGGACACGCCCUGCCAGUCCAGCAAGUCCGUGAAACCGUUGCUCACGUGCCGGUAGCCCAGACCCCAGCCCCGGCUCCACUCCUCCCCGUGGUGCCAGCCACCAACUUCAACUCCGGCUACGAGUACAACGCACCGAGCCACAACCAAGCCGGUAGCCACAGCUCCGGCAGCUCCCACUCGGGCUACCACUACGGCCAAGGACACCAGGAGGCCAGCCAGGAAGCCGUCGUGCACAAGCACGUCUACGUCCAUCUGCCACCACCAGAGGCCGAUGAGCACUUGGCCCCAACCGUCAUCCGCACCGCCCCAGCCCAGCCCCAGAAGCACUACAAGAUCGUCUUCAUCAAGGCCCCGACCGUCCAACAGCCAGCUCCAAUUGUCCACGCCCCAGCCGUCCAGAACGAGGAGAAGACCCUGAUCUACGUCUUGGUCAAGAAGCCAGAAGAGCAACAAGAGGUCGUGAUCCCAGCUGCUCAGCCAGCCACACCCACCAAACCAGAAGUAUUCUUCAUCAAGUACAAGGCACAGAAGGAAGGCGAGAACCGCGACGCUUCCCUGCACUCCGGACUUGAGCACGCCGUCUCCGGACACGAGCACCAGCACGUCCUUAACGGAAUCGAGGAGCAGCUCAGCCAGGUCCUCGGACACAACGUCGAGGCCGUCCAGAGCCACGGUGGUGUCCACCAAGUCAGCGGUGCCCACGCCGAGGCCCACCACGACACCGCCGUCCACGGUGGUAGCCACGUCGAGGAGCACCACCACGAGGAAGGCCCAUACUAA